AAUGUCACAAGUUAAAAUUAUUAUGAUACACAAACAAAGUCAUGUCUCUAACAAAAAUAGAAGAUAACAUCAAAUCGUGCGCAUGUAAAGGUAUCAGGACAUGUAUUUUGUGUGAAGCAAGUGGUAAAGGACCCGUGCCACAGAAUCGGAAUCAUGUAGAAAUAUUCACUUACUGUGAAAACUGCAACAAAGCAUGGCAAGAAGAAGUAAGCAAUCAUCCGAACCAUGUUGGCUCCCACCUUGAAUUUCCUGGUAUAUUCAUACUUCACCAGAAUUUUAUGAACAUUUUUCUUACUUCAUUUCAGGAUUUUGGACCAAAGGUUAACUUUAAGAGAAAGAAGGUGAAGACUUCAACAUUUAGUGGCCUUCCACCAUUUAGUAAAGCUCUUUAUAAAAGAAUGCAAAAACUUGAUGUGUUAGAUAAAUUUAUACCAGUUGAACAGUGUCAUCUUGAAUAUACUUCAGAACGAGGCUCUGCCAUUGACCCGCAUUUUGAUGAUUUCGGUUUUGGGGGGAAGGGGUUUGAACGGUGA